AUGGCAAAAGAAGCCCUGAAAACCCAUGACCUUGUAUUCUAUGGAAGGCCAGCAUAUGUUAGCCAUAAAAAAUUAUCAUACAAUGGCUUGGAUGUUGCAUUUCCACCUUAUGGUCAGUAUUCAAGGAAGAUGAGGAAGAUUUGCGAUCUUCAUCUCUUUAGCCUCGGUCAAGUUCAAUCCUUUUCGCCAAUUAUUCAGGAUGAAAUUUCCCACUUAAUACAGAAGAUAUCAAAUCUUUCUUGUGCAUCUAAAGCCAUGAUGGGAGGGUUUUUCAUCUCUGAUCACCUUCCUUCAUUGAGCUGGAUUGAUAAGCUCUCAGGGAUGUUUGCUCGUCUAGAGAAUAAUUUUAAGGACUUGGAUUUGUUCUACCAAGAGCUCAUAGAUGAGCACCUCAAUCCCAAUAGGCCAGAAACAAUGAAGGAUGAGGUUCUUGAUAUCUUGAUCCAGAUAAAACAAGAACAAUCAUCAGGAUUUGCACUUUCUUGGGAUCACAUCAAAGCAUUGCUCAUGAAUAUAUUCAUAGCUGGAACAGAGACAAGUGCAGCCACAGUUGUUUGGGCUAUGACAGCCCUGAUGAAGAAUCCUUCAGCAUUGAAGAAAGUACAAGCUGAUAUUAGAGAUUUGGUUGGACAAAAAGGAGCUGUAGUAGAAGAAAAACUUCAGCAGCUUCACUAUUUAGAUGCAGAAAGGCCAGAUGAAUUCAUUCCUGAGAGAUUCUUGAGCAAUACUAUAGACGUCAGGGGAAAUGAUUUUGAAGUGAUUCCAUCUGGAGCUGGAAGAAGAGGAUGCCCUGGAAUUUCUCUAGGACGGUCAAUUGUGAAACUUGCACUCGCCAACCUUCUUUAUUCCUUUGAAUGGGAGUCGCCGUCCGGGAUCAGAACAGAAGAUGUUCAUACCAAUGUUUUGCCAGGAACAACUAGAAAAAUGCGCUUUGAGUUUUGGCCAAGUAAUAUCUCGAUCAAAGCUCUUAACACUGCAGAGAGCGAACAUUAA